CGUUAAAAUGAGCACAUUGAGGGAUAACAAAUUGCAAGGCAAAAUAGCCAUCAUAACCGGCGGCGCAAGCGGCAUCGGCGAGGCCACCGCCCGCCUCUUCGCCAAUCAUGGCGCGGCCGUGGUGGUGAUCGCUGACAUCCAAGAUGAAUUGGGCCGUCAGGUAGCCGAAUCCAUCGGCACACAUCGAUGUACCUACGUGCACUGUGAUGUGUCCGAUGAAGAUCAAGUGAAGACCAUGGUGGAACAAACGGUGCACAAAUAUGGGCACUUGGACAUCAUGUUUAGCAACGCUGGGAUUUUGAGUAGCCCCGAUCAGACUGUUCUUGACCUUGACUUUUCAGCCUUCGACCGUUUGUUCGACGUGAACGUGCGUGGCAUGGCCUUGUGUGUCAAACAUGCAGCGCGUGUUAUGCUAGAGAGGCGCGUGAAAGGAAGCAUUGUGUGCACGGCGAGCGUGGCUGCUAACCACGGCAUGGCGAUUCGCACCGACUACUGCAUGUCGAAGCACGCGGUGCUCGGGUUGGUCCGGUCAGCAAGCGUGCAGCUCGGGGUGGACGGGAUUAGGGUUAAUUGCGUGUCGCCGACUGCGUUGGCGACGCCGUUGACGUGCCGCGCGGCUGGGAAGGGAGUGGAGGAAGUUGAGAAGGAGUAUGAGAAGUUCGCACGCUUGAAAGGGAUUGUGCUGAAAGCGGGACACGUGGCGGAUGCUGUGCUAUAUCUUGCUUCCGGUGAGUCGGAGUUUGUGACUGGGCAUGACUUGGUCGUGGAUGGUGGCUUUUUUCGCCAAUGAGGUGGCUCUUCAUGAUUGGCCCAAUCUAUGUGGGUUUUCAGGCCCAAGAUUAACAAAAUAAUGGAUUUUUUGUCCUUUCUGAUUUGCUUCAUUAUUAAUAUCCUCCAACUGGGUAAACAUAUGAUUAGUUUAUUGGUGUUCACAAAACUUGAUCAAGUUGUCGUUGUUGUUGCCCUUUUGGCUUUGGAGGGUUUCAAUUUUAAAAAUGUGAUUAAUUAAUUCUUGCAUCUUCCA